UGACGGAAUGCGUGAAAUUUUAAGAUGGUGAUGAGCAGUGUUUUCUUAAUUUUACAUAUAAAAUUAGAUAUUGGUAUACUCUAUUCUGGAUGAUAUAAUCAGAAUGUGUCCAACGGUAUGAAUAAUAAGACAUUAGUACCUUUUCUUUUGGCGUAGUAGAUUCAAAGUGUUGAACGUGUUUAGUUGGAUCAUUGACAUUGUUUCGUUUUAAAAUUUUGUACCAUCGUGAUUGUUAUGUUUAUGGGAGUAUUAUGUGCUUUUGUAAUGCCCAGUCGAUGGAUUAGGCGUUUCUGAUGUUUUCGAAGUCAUGGAGAGGCAGGAACGUACAUAUGCCAACAUGGAGGCCACAGACACUGUGGACACCAAACAGUCAAAGCAGCGAGCGUCGAUAAAAUGGCUGUUGUCGAAGGCAUUCAACAACCGGGUACCGGAUAAUCUUCAGGAGCCAUUCUAUAGGGAUCAUGAGGAUCAAGAGCAUUUGAAACCGCCGAUCGUGGGUGGGCUGGCCAACGCGGAGCUGUACUGCCUCGCGUUGGCCAACAUGUACUCCGAUCCCAACUACCACAGCCUCAACCACUGGAACAUUCUGCAGACGUUGUCGAGGAAGGGCGUGCAGGUGCCCGACCCGCCGGACUGUGCGCUCACUGAGACUGUGCUCAUACAAACGAAUCCACUUAAAAUGGGCGCACAUUUGGCUGUGAUAGAAGCUGUGAUGAUGCUAUACGCGCGAGAAGUGGUGACGUUAGACCGCGUGUCAGCGGCUGCGCAACGCUUCGGCACUAGUCAGCCGCUGCCCGUCGGCUCCAGCAUUCCUCACGAAGAUGGUCUACUCUGUUGGAUCAACGCGGCAUGCGCAGCGCUAAACAAGGCUGAGGAGAACACAUCGUCACACGUACCGAUGGUGAAAAGUCUCCAAGACCUGUGCGAUGGUACCGCACUGGCCGCCCUCAUCUCGUUCUACUGCCCCGAGGCACUUCCGCGGUCAGCAGUGCGCGUCGGACGCAUGGUCUCCAUACAAGACUGCCUGCAUAAUCUCAUGCUGGUGUACGAGUUCUGUCAGAGCAGUCUACCUCACAACGUGUUCCACAUGAUGCCAGAGGACGUUACGUAUAUGCGAGGGUCGAUGCGUCAAAAUUUAAUAGCGAUGCUCGCGGAUCUAUUCAAUAUGUUAGAAGUACAUCCUGUCAAAUCAGUUAAAUAUCCAGGAAUCGCGGGCGAGGAGUGCAACGCGCACGGCGUGCGGCACAGACGCAGUCUGCCGCCGCCGCCGCCGCAGCCCAUCCCCGAGCUGCGCGCCGCGCCCGCCCUCUGCGCGCACGCGCUGCCCUUCGCAGUGUCGCGCUCCCCGUCGGCGGGCGGCGUGCGCGCGCGCGGGCCGGCCAGCCGCUCGUCGUGCUCCACGCCCGAGCGCCGCAGCUGCAGCCCGCAGCGGGACGACUUCGUGGUGCACAGCCGCCGGGCCAUCACCACGCUGUCCGCCAUGGCGAGGCGGGACGACGACAUGUUCGCGGAGCACGUGACGGCGGCGGGGCGGCCGUCCAACUGGGCGGAGUCCCGCGAGAGCAGCUUCGCGGGGCGGCGCUCGCGGCGCUCGUCCGUGACGGACGACAGCCAGCUCACCGUGGAGAACUUCGGCGGCUCGCAGGACCGCCUGCAGUUCGCCGGCCGGAACCCGGAGAAGGAGCUCGCCACGCUCGCCAACGUGCGCAAGAUAUCCGCGCCCGCAGGCCCACUAGACCACAAUCCACCACUUCGUUCCUCACGGCAAGACAUCCGCGGCUCCAUUCAAUUCUUCCACGGGGAUUAUCAGAACGGCGCUCAGGACGACCGACAGAAGGUGGAGCGUCAGCAGUCGCAGCCACAGACCACGGACCCCCCUUUCAACCCCAUCAAGCGACAGCUCAGCAGCGACACCAUCGGUCAGAACUUCGGGUUCAACCACAAGGGCGGCGGAGACGGGUUUUAUUUAAACGAGCGGGACGCUCCUGACGGUGACGUCACGAAAACGAGCUACGCGGAUCUCAGUAAAAUUAGGAAUAACGGUGAUCAGACAGGUCCGGGCACGCCGGAGCGCCGCAAGACCUCGUUCUCGACGCCCCCGCCCAGCACCACCACGUGGCAGCAACACUUCCUGCAGCACGAGAACCAGCCCAACGGCGACGAGGCGGCGUCGGAGGAGGCGGCGGGCGGCGGCGGGCAGGCCAUGGCGGCGCAGCUCAACAACAUCCGCCUCAAGCUGGAGGAGAAGCGGCGCCGCAUCGAGCACGACAAGCGCCGCAUGGAGCUCGCCGUCAGCCGCCAGCGCCAGCAGCUCGGCCAGCAGGCCUUCCUGCAGGCCGUCACCCGGGGCAAGGGCGCGCGCACGCCGGCCGACGAGCAGCCGCCCGCGCAGGAAAUGGUCGUUGAAGCGCCAAAUCAAGCCGUGGAAAACGCAGCGAUGGAACAGUACGAACAAUCGAUAGCAAAAAUGAACUCCAGCCUGCAGGAUAUACAGAGUGACAUCGCGCGGCUCGCCAGUCAACAAAGCCAGCUGCAGCAACAGCAACAGCAGCAGCAACAGCAGCAACAAAAUCAACAGUUACAGCAGCAGUUGCAACAACAGCAACAACAAUUGCAACAGCAGCAACAACAGUUGCAGCAGCAGCAACAGCAAGCGAAGCAAAUGUUCCAACAGCAUCAGCCGCCACAAUCACCCUUCCAGCAACAGUAUCAAAACAUUCAAACAAACAUUCCUCAACUGCACAGCCAAUUCAGCUCACAGCACAAUGUGUCGCGGCCGAUCAACGCGUUCGGGUCCACGCCGCACCUCCCGCGCGACUUCUACUACGAGGCGAACCAGACGGGCCAGCCGGGCGGCCAGCAGGUCGGCCCUCAAGGCGGCCAGCAGAACUUCCAGUAUCAGUACAGGGAUAUAGAACAAGAUUUCGGUCGGCAGCAGUUCUACCUGCACGACAGUCCGGCGCCCCCGCAGCGACGCACGUGGGCGCAGCACGCGCAGCUGCAGCAGGAGAACGAGCUCCGGGGCUGGCAGCUACAUCAGCAGAACCACCAGCAGAACCAGUACCACCAACCGCAACCUGAACCGGCGCAGAGGACGUGGAAUUCUCCCUCGCCUCAACCACCUCCCGAAAAAAACUGGAACCCGCAGGGCUUCGUCUUACACGAAAGGGCGAACCAGCCCUUCCAGGUUCACUACAACACUGAUCGGUACCAGAACGGCACCGAGAACGUUCGAGAAACGCAAAACCAUUUGAGCUAUACUGUGAUAAACCCUAAUCAAUACGCAUCGCAAUCGCCGCCGCUAUCGAGUCCGCGACGUUCGAGGACUCCCCAACGUCAAGGAUCCCUGCCAGAGGCUCGGCGACCCGAGCCAGUAGGGCUCCACCAGCUGCACUCGCCACAUCCGCCGCAAUAUGCGCAAACUCACCAGCCACACCAACCUCAUCAGACACAACAGACGCAUCAACCUCACCAGACACUCCAGGCACAAAAUUCCGUCCCGGCGCCCCCCGACGACAUGGAACCCCAAAACAUAUCUUUCAUCGGCAACGCCGAGGACGACGCGCUCCGGCAGGGCAUCAAUAGACUGAACAUCUCGUCCGGCACGCGGACCUACCGCAUCCCGUCGCCGACGAGGCCCUCGCUCGGCCGGAACUCGUUCCAACGACCCGAGGAACCCGCCGAGACGAACGAGAAAGGGUUUUACAUUUCGUUCGACAACGAGCAACCGAAACGACCCAAGCCGCCGCUGCGGGCGAAGCGGGGCUCCCCGCGGAAGGAGCGCUCCGAGUACGCCAGCCCCGAGCGGAGUCCCGAGAGCACGUGGAGCGACGACAGGCGAGACGACAGGCGAGAUGACAGGCGCGAAGAGCGUUGCGACGAGCGCCGGGAGACGCCUCGAACGGAGGCGCCGCGGGAGCGACCGCGCCCGCCUAGUGCGGAGCCCGCCGCGCUCGUCAUCGGCGAGCUCAACCCCGACCCCAAUUCCGCCGAGGAAAUGGAGCGCAAGAAGGAGCGCAUCAUGAUGCUGUCGCUGCAGCGGCGGCAGCGGGCGGACGAGGCGCGCGCGCGGGCCGAGGCGGCGGCGGCGGCGCGGCGCGCGCGCGACGAGGCCGAGGCCGAGGUGAAGGCGGCGCGCAAGGAGGAGCAGGCGCGCCGCCGGCAGGCCAUCCUCGCGCAGUACAAGCUCAAGAAGGCCGUGGAGGAGGCCGAGCGGGAGGGAAAAGUGUUCGACAAGUCCGAGUUCCUGGACACGUUGUCGCGCGGCGGCAUGAACGUGGGCGGCGCGACCGGCCCGCCCACCGGUGGGGCGCGGUUGCGGGGCAAGCUGCCGGCGCGGGCGAGACCCAAGACCAUCCACGUGGACAGCGGCGCGCUGCAGGCCGCCGAGGGGAUGCUGGCGGGCAAGCAGCCCUCCGCUACCAAUCUCACCGGCACCAUGCGACGCGACUACUACCGCGGCUCGCAGGACAACCUCGCCGAGAGGGCUGCCCUCUACAGAGAGUCCCCGGUGGAGGACCGCGGCGGAGUGUCGCCCGGCAGCGCGUCCAGCGGCCUGGGCCGGCGCGGCUCCUGCAAGACCUCGCGAGAGCGUGUGAAUGAUGAACCACAGUCGACACGUGGAAGGUCUAAAUAUUCCACUUACCAGAAUAACUUUAAGGCGGGGAGGAAAUCUAGCUCUCUUAUGAACUUGUGCGACUCGGGGCUGGGCCGCGCCACGCCGCCGCGCCGCGCCGCGUCGCCCGGCCUGCGCGCGCUGGGCUCGCCGGCGUCGGGCCCCGGCUCGCUGCCCGGCGCGCUGCCCGGCGCCAUCGGCAAGCGGCGCCACGACGACUCCUCCGACGUGUCCUCCACGCACUCCUCCAUCAUGGACUACUCCGGUCCGAGAUUAUAUAAACAGCCAGCGACGAAAUCGAACCGUGGGAUAAUGUUGAACGCGGUGGAGUACUGCGUGUUCCCGGGCGCCGUCAACGCGGAGGCGAAGCGCCGCGUGCUCGAGGAAAUCGCGCGCUCUGAGAGCAAGCACUUCCUCGUGCUGUUCCGCGACGCCGGCUGCCAGUUCCGGGCGCUCUACAGCUACUGUCCGGACACCGACACCGUGGCCAAGCUCUACGGCACGGGGCCCAAGCACGUCAACGACCGCAUGUUCGACAAGUUCUUCAAAUACAAUUCGGGCAGUAAAUGUUUCUCUCAAGUGCAUACGAAACAUCUCACUGUCACGAUCGACGCAUUCACGAUACACAACUCGCUGUGGCAGGGCAAAAAGGUGCAACUUCCCAGCAAGAAGGACAUGGCUCUCGUCAUAUAGAGAAGGGCGCGCACGACGCGAAGUCGACACUUGUCUUCGCCCAUGUCACGCCGGUGUCAUCGCGGCCCAAUCGCGUUGCAGGCCGCCACGUCGUCACCUAUGGUAUUUCCAAACCCGCUACGUGAUUGGUCCGAUGACAGAUGACAGAUGACGUCCGAGUCGGAUGACGUAACUAAUUAAAGAGUCCACGAUAUCUAGUCGCAGGCGGCGUCGAGUCGAGCCUUAUUACUCUUCAGUUUAAAACGCUUCGGUAGCGAUUAAAGCCAGUGUUGUAUUAUCGGUUAGUGCAUUUCGCGAGGUGAGGACGUUAGGAGGACGUUAAUUUAAUAUAUUAUACAGGUUGUUGACUGCAUUUACUAUGUCUUAAUGAUCACAGAUUAAACAAACUAAUUUUAAUCUAUGCCACUAAGACGGCCCGUGAAUGCAGCGUGUGGAGUGUUGUCGACCGAUGUUAUUGUUCGGUCACCGGUAACGUAACUGUUUCUAGUAAGUCAUUUGCGACGUUUUCAACAUUAUGCGAUUGUGAAUGAGGUCUGUGUCAUAUUGUACAGUUAGAAUGGAUAGGAGGGUCGAAAACUCGAAUGUUUGAAGAAGCUCGUAGCCUAACUGGAAUGUUAUAGAAAUCUUAAAAUAUAUUGGCUUUAAAGCGUUGUUUACGAUUUUAACAUGUUUUAGCGUAUUCAUUGCUUAGGUAAAAUGCAUUGGCUUUAAUAAAAUGUAUGUUAAAACGUGCGUCACACGUUCUAGUUAGGUUAGGAGUUCGAAGGUGACGGUUAUGGCUAACGAAUGGUCCGAAAAGCGUUUCGUUUUUAUUUUACGUGAGUUACGUUUGAUUUGAGUUUCGUUUUCACACUUUUAAAUAAAUUCAUUAAAUUAGUAAUUUCGAAAGUUACAAAAAUAUAUCAAUUUUUUAACAGACUUAAUAUGUGAUAUAGGCUGAGAAGUAUAAAACGUAUACCAAUUUUUAAUGUAAGCGAAAUAAGUUUAUAAUUGAGCUGUGACUUUCGAAAUGACUAUGAAAUUCACUCAGUAGUGGCCAGUCGUAACAUAAACUUUUCACACUGGUGUACAAAUACAUAUAAACGAUACAUAUACAUAUAACUUGCCUUAAAGUACUAUUUAAUAAGAAUUAUAAUAUGACUAUUAUUUCAAGUGAUUUAUUUGAACUUUUUUUUCACUUUGAGUUUCUAACGAUCUUUUGGGGGUCCAAAUUUGUACACGAGUGUGACAAAGCGUUUGUGCUCACACGUUUGCACUCGUUUGGUUCGAUACAAAGGGAUCAUUGUACGCGAUGUUGCCAUAUGUAUUAGUGAGAUGGUCGAUACGUUCCAGUGAUUUCUCUAAAAUGAUGUACCAUCUAGGAUCAGAGUCAGUUGUAAUGCUCUUAGAUAAAUCGAUUUGGUAACUCCCACGAGCGCGACGGGCUCAAUUUUGACGUUUGUAUAUUUUAUUCACUGCCAUUUUGUUAUAAUACUCAAUUUUAAAAAGCAGUUUUAUAUGCGAAGUUUCUGGAACGUUGUUUGGUAAUUCUCGAUUAGUGACUAAGAUUUUAAAAUGUUGUUAUAAACAUUCCUUGGCGCCAAAGGUUAGGGGAAUAACCAGAUAGCAGUCGUUGAUAAUAUAAGCUCGAAUUUGAAGAUUUUUAUAUAGCAGAGUAUCUUCGAAAAGCGAUGAAUACGAAUCGAACGUCAAAAUAUUCACGGAUGCGUGAGAGUUAUCAAAUUAUAAGCAAUGCCUUGUUAUAUCUCUUAAGAAAAUAACAAAUUCACAAACUAAUCUUUGCUUACUCGUAAUAUGUAACUUGUUAGUGAUUAUUUCAAUUGACUGGAGUUAUGAUUAAGAUAAUGAAUAUUCGUUUAAAUGACCUUCAUUUAUGUUGAUUAAAAUCCGAUUUUUUAAUGCUUGUAUAGCUAAAAUAAGACAAGGCACAUUUUACGUGGUAAUUGUACUGCCUUAUUCUGUAAAUAAUUGUUUUCUUUUUUUGUAUACAGCUAUUUAUUAAAACGAUGUUAAACGAAAAAUUGAUGAAUAUCAUUUUUCAUUGUUCAAUGAUUGGUCAUCAAUUAUAUACUACCGAUAGUGUAUGGUAUGCAAAUAUAUUGUAUUAUUAAAAAGCAUAACGAAAUAAUAUUGAAUUUCAUAUUAA